CUCAGAGCUACGGCUAGAUCUAUUGUCGACGCUCCUCCGCACAUUUCCAACCAUUUCCAUGUGGAGGGAAGACCUAGACCUAGCUCUAGACAACAUGUUUGCCAAGUCUUUGGUACCAGUCUUUUCUGAAUGACAUUAACCGUUGGAGACGUUCGGGUGUAGCUCAAAAUGACGGUGCUCGUGGACAAUUAAGAACAAUCGGGGCAUCAAGUGUCAUCCGUACAUGGAACAGUUUCCAUGGAUUUUAUUCAAAGCCAAAGACUGAAGAUCAGAAGCAUCAGAGUGACUUUUUUUAAUCACAGAUCUGAGACUGUCAAGACGUUACUUUGUGACUCCCCCCUGCUCCCUCUGUGUGGCCCAUGAAACUGCCCUUGAGGCCACAGCAGCAGGAGCCUCUCACCGAGACGGGAGACGGACCCCGGUCCCAGACCCUCCCCCACCGUUGCUGCAGCAUGGCCUCCACCCCCAAGAUCUCCAGCUCCAAGAUCGUGGCCCUCUGCUCCAUGGCCAACUUCAUCAAUGCAGCUGACCGCGUCAUCAUGCCCAUCGCCGUGGUGCCCAUGACGGACCAGUACCACUGGAACAUGGGGGUGCAGGGCUGGAUCCUCAGUGCCUUUGCCUACGGCUACAUCAGCAGCCAGGUGAUCGGAGGCAAAGCGGCACUGAAGUUUGGUGGUCGCAUGACCCUGGGCCUGGCAGUCACCGUCUGGUCCCUGGCCACCUUCAUGACCCCUGCGCUGGCCAAGACAGUCAACUUGCUCAUCAUGUCCCGCAUCCUGCUGGGCUUUGCCGAGGGCUUCUGCCUGCCUACUAUCUUCCACAUCUUUGCUCAGCACGUGCCUGUGGAGGAGAGGUCCAGGGCCUUUGGCUACCUGGUCGCCCUGGGGUCCGUUGGCCAGACAGUGGCUUCAGUGAUUUGCCCCCACCUGUCUUGGCCGAUGAUGUUCUACACGUUCGGUUGUAUUGGUCUCGUCUGGGCAGCCAUUUGGAUCCUGCUCUUCCGAGAUGAGUCCCCUGACGUAGACCCACAGCUGUUGUACAACCCCACUUUGGAUACCACCAACAGCGUGCGGUGGACCAGCUACAUCUCCCACCGGCCCCUCUGGGCCAUCUAUGCCGCCCACUUUGCCAUGAAUUGGUCUAAUUACAUUGUGCUGUCCUGGCUUCCCACCUACCUGCAGCGGCACCUUGGGGCUAAUGCCAAGGACAUCAGCUUCACCGCCCUGCCCUACAUCAUGAACUCCCUUGUUGGGGUUGUUGCAGGCCACUACGCAGAUUCUCUCAUCUCCAAGAAGUACUGGACAGUUCUAUCAGUCCGGAGGUUGAUGACCAGCAUUGGCUUGAUUGGACCAUCCCUGUUCCUGCUGUGUUUCAGCUACGUGGAUAGUCUUGCCCUGGCAGUGUGUUUUGUGUCAAUAUCAUUGGGAUUAUGUGGAUGUAACUCCUCUGGUCACAUGAGUAACCACCCAGACGUAGCUCCCAAUCAUGCUGGUAUUACGUUUGCCGUGUCCAACACACUGGCCACAUUACCCGGCUUGGCCUGUGGUCCUGUCACUGCACUGGUGGUGGGUUCCACUGGUUACUGGUACCCCGUCUUUGUCAUGGCCUCAGCUGUCAACAUAGGGGGUGCCCUUAUCUACAUCAGCCAGAGUUCAGCCAGCCAGGUUCUGUAGUCAAUGAAUAAGAGGAAUCCGCAGAUGUCUUGUGGAAGUGACCUUUUGUUGACCUGUAUCACAGAGGCUGUUCAAUAGAAUAGGAAGCCUCUGCUUUUCUAGCUCAUGUUUGAUCAAUUUUAUUUGUCAAGGGUUUCGUCAGGCUGCCAAGCAAGAGGAUUCAUCACUUUUACGUCACACUGUUUGGUCACCAUCCAAUUCUGUGCAGUUACAUAAAGUAUAGUUCAAGACUUGUCAGUUCAAAUUUUAACAAUCAAAUCACAAUUUUUCUGAAAUCCAACUCAUUUGUCAAGGCUUUUGGAGACAGAUUUCUGAUUAAAUAUACUGUCUAUUUAAGUUUACAUUUGACGUUUUAUAAUUGCUGUAUAAGUUUGUUGCUCCUUAAAUGUUGAUAGACCUUGUGAAUACCUACUUAGUUCAAUGCAUGUAUUUUGUUUGAAAUUUUUGAGAAUUCCCUCUCGCGCAUUUUUUUAAAUAUAGGCUGCAUCUGAAUCACUUGUCCAAAGCUAGGUUUAGGUCUUCACUCCAUUGGAAAUGCGUGGAGAUGCAUAGAAAAUAGACCUAGCCAAAGCUCUGGAAGCCCGUGUCAGACACGGCCAUGGUACAUGUACCAGUACUGUAGAUUUUAUCAUCGCAAUCAAAAAGUCAGUCAUUGAAUAUUCUGGUUCAUAUGCGACAAAUUACAGCAUGUCUUUGUAGUACCGUUAUCUUUUGAAACAUGAAGACAAUCAUACCAAUGACUGGAAGGGAUGAUCCUCUACUUUAAAGUCUGAAUGAAGCAUUGUUGUAUGCUUCUCCGUAAUUCUGUCAAGUUGAGGUUGCAAGCUCUGCCGGCAAAAGUGGCUGAACACAUACAGGGUGUACAUGUACAGUAUUAAAAUGGAUCUGUGGCUUAGAAUGACAACACUUAGGUUGGAUAUCUGGACAAAAAGUGUAUCUCAAAACUGAAAAAUUGGCCACAAGUUAGCAUUUGCAACAGCUAUUGAUUUCUUUCGCAAAUUAAAUACACAUAGACUACAUGUUUAUCCACACACACGACAAGUUUAAAAGUGUGUAUGCUGUUUUCGCUUUUGUUCAUUUAAGCAGCUGUAGGAAAGUUCGUGUGGGAAGAAUAUGCCAUUGGGUUAGGUAGUACAUGUAUGUAUGAAUGUAUGUAUGCUUACAUUGUACAAGUAAAUGUUUAAGUGCACUGUAACACUAGUAUUUGAUACUAAGUUACACGUGUUUCUCAGUAGGCAUGGUAGGUGCUGUGCAUAACUUUUGAGGACGCUGAGCAGCAAUUAUUGAUGGCAUUGUUUAGUGCAGUUUAUAGUCUCAUUGCUGAUGGCAAGGCACUUUAACCCCUCAAGAGCUUUUGUGUUGUUUUUGUUGUUGUUACGGGACCAUUUCACAGCCGUGUCAGAUGCCCCAUGCCCUUUCUUCUCUUUUCUUUUUUAAAUUUGGUGAGCACAUGAAGACAUUCAUAGGCUGCAUCCAGCAAUGCUAUGGUCAUUUACCAUGUACCCGUAUAGAGCACUGCCUCGUGUGUGGCCAUCAGCAUGUAAUUGAAAAAAGGUAACAUCUCUGACUGACCUGUCUCGAAAAUGGGCAUUUUACGUUCAAAUGGAAUGUCCGCUCGUCGCGUAAAUUUGUGUCAAAAUGAUCGUAGACAUACCUGGAAAAUUCCUGAAGUCUUGGCACCAAUGGAGUUUAUAUAUGUGCCGUAUGUUGAGGGAGGAGGGAACAGACCCAUGCCCCUGGCUCUUUAAUGCAUGGAUUCUAUACAAGUGAACUGCUAUACACAUGUAGCAGAGUUGGUUGGUUUCUCACUGGUACAAACAAGUGUAUUUGGUCAUAAUUUAUUUGAGGACGUAGGAACUUUGUACAAUGAUCUUUCUUUCAGACUUCGUACACCGGUAGUACACCAAUGCAUUGCUUUGUAACCAAUCGUUUUGGAAAAAGUGCUGUUUAUUAGAAUUCUACUCUGCACUAGUAUUCAAUACUUUUUAUUACAGUUGUCACAUCUGUUCUGUCACAAAUUAACCGAGGGAGAUUCAUUGUCAGAUUCCACUUGAACACACAAGCAAAGUACCUCCAACAUGUCCUGACAUUAACAACUUGUCACGGGGACUUACUGUUACACCGAUCGGUAUAACCUACAUGUAUAAUUCGGGCCCUCUGUCUGUUGUUUUCAAGGCCACGCACAGUUAACAAUCAGUUCAGUUUGAUAUUAGGUCCUUGGGUACUGUUGCUAAGACUUUUCUCAAAUCUCCUAAAAUUCACCAGAGUUCCUGAGCCUGUGGUACCUUCUUAUAAGGGUAUUAAACCUGAUUUUACAAGUGACUGUGCUUGAACACUUUCCUCAGUCCUGCAAUAUUCUCCAAGACCAGUUGAUGGGUUUUGAAGGGUCUGGGAGGUGUAGUGGGAAACUACUCAUUAUUCAUCUAAAUAUGACUUUGGUUGCAUUAUUAAGUUCACCUGUUUGUUACCAGAUCCCACAAAAUGAGUCUUACAUGUAUGUACCUUUUUUUCAAACUCUCCUGGCAUUUCAAAUGUAUUAGAACUUAAUCAGCACUUUCCUCUGACUUGUAACUUACUUUAUCAUCACCCGAUCAUGCUACUCAAUACUGGCAUUAUGUGGGUUGCUUUCGGUGAUCAUGGCGAAAAGGUUUGUAAAAGGCUUGUAAACUCAAAAGGUACCCUGGUGACUUGUGACUCAUUUUGUUGGAUUGGUUUUACAGGCCUAACAGGUGCAUUUUUGUCUACCUGUGGGGGAAACACAACAAGGCCCAUACUUCACAAUUUAGCUGCACUUCUUAUACAUUCAUUACAAUAAUGUACAUGUACCAGGAAUGACCUUAUAUCAAUUGUGUAAUAAAGGAUAUUUUAAUGUAAUACAGGCACCGGUACAUGUAAAAUGUUAGUGCCAAAAAAAUUAGAUGGGACCGCCUAUUUGUUCACUAUUUUGUAAAUAUCUGUAUUAUGUGUAAAUGUAUCCGCACUUGCUCAUAGUGUGUUCUUAAAGAACAAUAAAAAAAGGGGAUUGGAAAAUGUUUUUUCUGUUGUUUAUUAAUCCUAACCCUACUAGUACUAAAAAUUACUACUUAGUAGUAAAAUGUAACGCACAGCACUGUCACUUGUAUGAAGGCAUUACCUUCUUAUUCUCGGAAGCCAUAAAAUACACUAAAUAAGACAAUGUAACAUUCAUUGCUGUGGCACUAUGAAUGCAUGACUUUAUUGUUCUCUGUAUGAAUAAAAGUGGAAGUGCCAUCUCCAGAA